AUGUCAAGGAACAACAAAGGAGCUGGUGAUGGAAAGAAAUUGACUUACAAGGAAAAGAGCUCAAUAACAUAUGUUCAGAACAACGAUCCACCAUUUUUGAGAAAGAUCAAAGAAAAAUUUGGAUACCAAGAGCCCACAGUAGAGGACAAAGUAAGUUUACUGACUUCUUUAAUUGUAUGUUUUAGUUCUUCGAAGAAGGAGGCGAAGAUUCAGAAGAAAGCCCCGGAUUCAGCGGGGAUCCAGAUGACAUUCGGAAUUUGAAAAAGGAAGAUCGGCCACAAAUCGUCGUACUGAACCCAGAAAAACACGUCUCUGAAGUUGAACUUGAUGAAGAGGUAAAGAAGAAGCGAGAGGAAGAAGACAGUAAGUAAUUGCUUGGACUAGAAUCUUAUAAAUGCUUCUUUUAUAAACAAACCCCAAUGUAUAAUAUUUUCAGAAGAGAAAAUCGAAAAAGGCAUGAUAACAUUCAAGAAGCCUGUGAAACGUGCAGCUGCAGAAGAUGAGAAUACAACGACAGAUGAAAAGAAGAAGAAAGAAGAUACCACUAAACAAGUCAUACAAAGUCGUCUAUUGUCUUUUGGAGAUGAAGAAGAUGAGUAA